AUGCUAACCAGUCGUCCUCCCACCUGUCGCCAUAAUUUAAAAGAACAAUUACCUAUAACCAGCACACUUCGUAUCUUCCAGUCCAUAGCACCUGCUGCCCCUUCACCCUCACACACUCGUCUGCUCUUUCUCUUGUACAGAGCUACUGAUUUUGUUGUUCCUGGACCCAGCAAAGUACAGACGAGUUACACGCCAAAUGAUGGAACCCCAAAGGUGACACACUUAGUACAUAACUUUGAAGAGUGUGGUGGUGUUGCCAUGGGGAUGUACAAUCAGGAUAAGUCCAUUGAAGAUUCUGCACACAGUUCUUUCCAGAUGGCUCCUUCUAAGGGUUGGCCUUUGUAUCUGGGCACCAAAAACACUAUUCUGAAGAAAUGCGAUGGGCAUUUUAAAGAAAAUUUUCAGGAGAUACAUGACAAGCAGUACAAAUCCCAAUCUGAAGCCCAGAAGAUCUGGUAUGAACAGAGGCUCAUCAAUGACAUGGUGGCCCAAGCCAUGAAAUUAGAAGGAGGCUUCACCUGGGCAUGUGAAAACCAUGAUGGUGACGUACAGUUGGACUCCGUGGCCCAAGGUUUUGGCUCUCUUGGCAUGAUGACCAGUGUGCUGAUUUGUCCAGAUGGCAAGACAGUAGAAGCAGAGGCUGCCCAUGGGACUGUGACACGUCACUGCCGCAUGCACCAGAAAGCACAGGAGACAUCCACCAACCCAUCACUUUCAGUUUUUGCCUGGACCAGAGGGUUAGCCCACAGAGCUAAGCUAGAUAACAACAAAGAGCCUGGCUCCUUUGCAAAGGCUUUUGAAGAAGUCUGUUUUGAGACCAUCGAGGCUGGCUUCAUGACCAAGGGCUUGGCUGCUUGCGUUAAAGUUUUAUCCAACAUGCAACAUUCUGACCACUUCAUGAACACUUCCUCCAUCUUACAGCACAUUUACUCCGGCCUCUGGUUCCACCCUCACAUCUCUUUCUCUGACUCUCCCUGCCACCCUCUCAUAAGGACCCUUGUGAUUACAUUGAGCCCACUGAGAUAA